CUUUUUGCGUUACAGAUGAAACAGGAUUUGUCUAACAGCAGUCUGACCUGUAAUGACAACAGCGCCGCCCUGCUGGUCUCUCACAUAUUGCAGUCAGAGCUCGGGGACUUCGAUGAGGAGAUGGAUUGUCACCAUUUAGAGAUGAAGCAGUACGUCCCCAACCAGGAAUAUCUGGACAACAAGAUCAUCAAGUUCCACAAGAGACACAGAGGUGUGUCUCCAGCAGACUCGGACAUCCACCUGCUGGAGGUGGCGAGAAAGCUGGACAUGUACGGCAUCCGGCCUCACCCGGCCCACGACGGGGAGGGGAUGAGGAUCAACCUGUCUGUCACUCACUCCGGAGUGCUGGUGUUUCAGGGAAACACCAAAAUAAAUACCUUCAGUUGGGCGAAAAUCCGCAAGUUGAGCUUCAAACGGAAACAUUUUCUCAUCAAACUGCACGACAAAGUCGGGCCGUCAUGUAAGGACACUCUGGAGUUUUCCAUGGCCAGUCGAGACGUCUGUAAGUCGUUCUGGAAGACGUGCGUGGAGUAUCACGCCUUCUUCAGACUUGCAGAGGAACCAACGGCGGUACACAAAACACUGUUGUCCUGUAAGGGCUCCAGCUUCAGAUACAGUGGGCGGACACAGAAACAGCUGCUGGAGUGUAUGGGGUCAGGGGAAAAGAAGAGAACCUACUGUCAGUCAGACUACGAUCCCCGACAGUGUCGAUCUUCUCCUGAUCUCCUCACCGACGUCUCCAAACAACUGUACCAGCACUCACAUCCCUUCCCCCGGUCGACCCGUGCCUUGGCGGUCCACAGUCAGGACGAGUUGGACCCACAUCAUCGAGGGGCAGACAACAUCGAAAUCAGGGGAGGAGGGGCUAAACGCAGCCAUUCAUCUGUCGAGGUCACCCAGAGGCCGUGCCCCCUCUCCCAGGUCUCGCCCCUCUCUCCUCUCCACCAAUCAACCCCGUCACCGAAGAUGAGAUCAGCUUCUACAUCUUUGAUGGAGGACACGAGGGGCGGACGCAUCGAGAUGCAGCGCCAAGCCCAGAGGCUGGCCGGGGUUUACGGCAACCGAUCAAGGCGUCGGCCCAAUCCCCAGCCACACCCAGACGCUGCACAGCAGUUGGUUCUUCUCUACCCGAACAGUCCUGCCUACCAGUAUCACCCCGUCCUCCCAUCAUUCCCAUCAGCUGGGUCCUCGCCGCUUAACCGUUACCCCUACUUGACGGACUAUGUUGCUGUUUCUUCACUGGAGCGUUUCCCGCAGCCCCGGAGGCGGGACUAUGUGACAACAGACAGCCUAUCUCGCCCGUUUUACUACCCACUAGGCCACGAUUCGCCGUCUGUUUCACCAAUCAGGAGGAACCUCCGCCCCGGUGGCUCAGGCGGGUUGGCCAGAGUUUACCAGCAGGGGAGCAAUGGUGCGAGGUUCUUGGGUAUUGGACACACUGAGGCCGGGCAUUACAGCGACGACUGCAACUUCCUCCCAGGGCUACCUCGCCGCGUAGCGAGCCAACCAGAUGUCAAGUUCCAUCUCUCAAGGAGUUCCAACCCAGCCUUUAACCCCGCCUCUGAGUUUCGGCCCCUUGGUUACUACCCUCACCUGACACGGCCCUCCAGACCCACCUACCUCCCACUAAACUCCUCCCCUCUGCCAGAGCGUCCCACUUCGCUGUGCAUGAUUGGAGGAACCGCAGGAAGCUACAGCGACUCGGACCCAGAGGUUUUCUACCCAUAUUACUGCCCACCCCCCCCACUGGGGAAGGUGACUCGGUCCGCUGGACUGGCCAGGAUGAGGUUUUCCUCUGGAAGCCUCCAGCUGGACGAGGAGGAAGAGGGGGAGGAGGAAGACGAGGACGAUGGAGCAGCAAAGGAAAAGGGAAAAAAGCGUAUGAAGAGUGAGGGGGAGGAGAACAAAGUAGGAAGUGAGGAAAGAGAUGAGACUAAAGGUGCAGCGAAGAUCACAGAGGUCACGUUGUAG